AUGGAGAAUUACUAUGAUUAUUCUAUAGAUGAAGAUUUUGAUGAAAGUUUCAGUACUGACCAAGAUGAACCAUUAUUCGUUCAUGAUUAUUUGGCUGCUAUGAAGGCAAAACAUUGGUUAGAAGAACAAGAUUCUUCAGAAAUAAUAGAAUAUGAUGAUGAUAGUGAAAAUUCAUUAUCUGAAGAUGAGCAUAUGGAUCGCCAAUUUUUAAAUAUAGAAGAAAAUCAACGAUCACCUUGUGUUAUUAUCGAUAAUUUAAAAGGGGAAAUUAGGCGCUGUAAUUCAAUUAAUAAUCUAAGAUCAGUAUCUCAAUUAGUUGGAACUUGGGAAAUAGAAUUAACACAGGAAGAAAAUUCUAAUAUAGCUACUUUAGACUGUUUUGAAAGCAAUGGCAGACAUAUUCAUAAAUGUGAAGGAAAAAAGUCUCAAACAUGUGUUAAAAACGACUUGCAUAAAGAUGAUACUAACCAAGCUUUAAAAUUAUUCUCACGUGUUGCAUAUGAUACAUUAUUAGAAAAUCAAAACGCAAAUGAGUUAUUCUUUACAAAUACAACAAAUUGUUUACCUAGUCCGCUACUCAUAAAAACCGCUAUGAAGAUUAAUGCAUUUGAUUAUUAUUUAUCUACAGAUAAAAAAUAUGUAAAAGCAGAUAAAUACAGACAGCACAGAGAAGCAUUAGGAAAUUUUAUAUGUAACUCACAUAAAAAUAUUGAGCAACAUCGUAAAAUAUUAGAAAAAGAGCAUGUUAGUAAAUAUAAUCUAUUAACAAAAUUAAUAAAAGGACCAAAUAUUUGGAAUGUUGCAGUAAUUAAUAAUAUUGAUUUCAAGGAUAUUGUUUUUCAAUAUAGCAAUAUUUAUGAUGUCACAAG